AUGUCUUCAGGUUUUGCACGUUUUUACGGCCACAUCUGGCGGACCACUCGAGGGGAAGCGAACACACGACCGGCACGCCAUCAUCUCCCCACGGACGGGGAGGACGCACGGGCCCUCGAGUCAGAGGUGAGUCAUCACCAAAUUGACCGUUGUGGAUUUCCCACGUGGGAAUUGCGACGCCUACUGGGCCAGGCGCUUGAGUUUCUCGAUUAG